AUGGGGGUAGUCGUCGCGCUCUGGCAAGUAGCCGUAGACGUCACGCAGUUCUGGAAUAAGAAGCUCCGCGAUUGGUACACCCGCAAGACCCCCGUCGAACUAUGGCUGGAGCUCCUCCGCCAUGCCGAAGCAUUCGAGGAUUGGGAAGAGGCCGCCCUGCACCUCGACAACCUGCUUGGAUUGGACUUGUGGAGAAAUAACCCAACGUCAAAAUACUACGAUUACCGUCUGAUCAACGAGCGUCUCAACUCUCUAAUCACUGCCAGGGAGGAUGGCAACCUUAAUGCGCUGGUCAACCUCCUUCGCUCCGGCCUGGUGCGGAAUCUGGGCAACAUCACCUCGCCCACCCUGUAUAACCGAUCCUUCGCCGGCACCAAGUACCUGAUCGAAGAGUACAUCACCCAAAUCGCCGAGGCGGUCGAAGAUAUCACUCAUUUGCCGACCACCCCGCCCUCCGACGGCAAUGGCGCCCCCAUCGGGUUGACAAACCAGAUGAAGUUGGAUUUCAUCCACGAUACUAGACAAGCUUUUGGCAGGAGCACCCUCGUCCUGCAAGGCGGUGCGAUAUUCGGAGUUUGUCAUUUGGGAGUUGUGAAAGCGCUGUUUCUUCGCGGUUUGUUGCCGCGCAUUAUUACUGGUACUGCUACGGGCGCCCUGAUCGCAGCUCUGGUCGCCAUUCACACCGAAGAGGAACUUCCCCACGUGCUCAAAGGAGAGGGCAUCGACUUGUCCGCCUUUUCUGGAAAGGCAAAGUCUGAGAAGGGGCCGCCAAAGGAACAGUCUUAUGCAACGAGGUGGAACACCCUGUUAAGACGGAUUAGGAGGUUCUCUCGGGAGGGUUACUUCCUCGACGUUAAAGUUCUUGAGGAGUGUGUGCGAGCUAACGUCGGCGACUUGACGUUCGAGGAGGCGUAUAACCGGAGCAAGAGAGUACUCAAUAUUACAGUUGCAACGGCUGGACAGGGCGGCGUGCCAACGCUGCUCAACUACCUGACAGCACCGAAUGUGCUUAUCUGGACCGCGGCAGUGGCAUCCAAUGCCUCCUCGGCUAGCCUGUACGGCCACAGAGAGACAACAGUUCUCUGCAAAGACGCACACGGAGACAUUGUGCCAUGGGCACCCGCAAAUACGAUCGACUUCCGACAUUGGACCCAUGUAUCAUAUUCCGAUCGAGAGUCGCCGCUUCUUCGAAUUGCCGAACUGUUCAACGUAAAUCACUUUAUCGUCAGCCAAGCCAGGCCUUAUCUCAUUCCCUUUUUGCAAAGCGACAUGCAUGGUCCGUCGCUCAUGGAAACACGUAACAGCACGACCUCGAUAACGGCCUUUAUGGUCCGUAUGGUCGGCCUAGAACUCAGACAUCGCUUACGACAGCUCGACACACUGCACCUGCUGCCCGCAGGUAUCCGCCGCUUCCUCGUCGACGAGAGGGUGCCAGGAGCGUCCAUGACGUUGGUGCCAGAGGUGACCGCUGGGGACUUUGUACGCCUGCUCGAGACACCCACGCGAGAGACGCUAGAUUAUUGGAUUUCGCGGGGCGAGCGAAGUGUUUGGCCCGCGGUCGCUGCGCUGCGUAUUCGUUGCGCAGUCGAAAACGAAUUAGACAGGUCAUACCAGACUGUCCGAAGAUUCAAGGCUGGCGGUCUGCGGAGGAAAGGUUCAACAGCGGCGGCGGCGGCGGUGGCAGCAGCAACGGUGGUAGGAGGGGCGUCCACGCUUGAGAAGGAUAGGAGAUCAAGCAGCGUCGGGGCCGCAUACUGA